CAUGUCGCGUUAACACUGCUAUUAGUCCCUAAUUGUGUUCCCCUCCCCAGGCGCUGCACCAUGACCCCCUAUCAGGUCCUUGCAGGCCCUGCGAUAAGGUGCCUAUAUUCGGUCAUCCACGGACCCAGGAGGUAGCAGUCCAGGGCAGACAAAUUAUUCUGAGACAGAAGGUAACUCGCGCCUCACUUCGGACCUCUCCGCGGCAUUCUGCAGCAUCGAUAUGUAAUCUUUUCGGGUCUUGUACUCUUCUUGAAGCUUGAGCCACUGGCAGUUUAGAUUUGAUACCCCGUAUAUAUAUUACGUUCAGGCGACCUCCAUCUGGACCGCGUGAACCUUUCCCACUAUUCUACCAUCUUGAUGACAAUGGGGGUCAGCAAUGACUACGAUUUCUCACUCCCGAUGGCGUCAUUGCUUCGCAUUGGCACGUCCGAGGCCCAUGAAGCUGCAGAGCACAGUCAAGGCGGCGUCCGGCUUGUAAAGGGUGAGCUGGACAAGGAAGAAUACGUGUAUUUCUUAAUGAUGCUGUGGCACAUCUACGCCGAACUCGAGCGGGGUCUAGAGACGCACGCGUCAUACCCGACGUUACAACCAACGUAUAAUCCUACAUUGCUCGCCCGCACUCCGAGUCUCUCCCAAGACAUAUCAUAUCUACUUGGGGUCCCUGAAGCAGAAUGGCAGACGCACCCAUCACAUAGCUCAUUGAUGGCAUCACCUCCCAAACCUUUUGUGGAAUAUACCACGUGCCUCCGAGAACUUUCUGAGUCUUCAGAUCCCACAUGUUUACUUGCACACGCUUACGUCCGCUAUCUCGGUGAUAUGAGCGGUGGUCAAUUCAUACGACGACGUAUAGCCAAGGCAUACGACCUAGACGUAGAUCGAGGAGAUGGGAUACGAUUUUACGAUUUCAAGAAAUUGGACAGUAGUGAAUCUGCGAACAUGGGGGAUCUCAAGAAAAUCAAGGAAUGGUAUAGAGAUGGAAUGAACGCUGGUAUUGGUGAUGAUACCACGCUGAAAGCGGCUGUAUUGGAAGAGGCCAACAAGGCCUUCAAGCUGAAUGCCAGUAUCUUCGAUUUACUAUCAGGGGAGGGGCAGGUCCAGGAACCACAGCAGUCAGCUGUCUCAACGCCGAAACAGGCUAAGGCACUGUAUGACCCAAUACUAGUUUCCUUAGGCGGCCUCCUUUCAGUGGCAAUGACUGUGGGCCUGGCUCAUGUCGUGUACAUGGGCGCUAGCAACGCCAGUGGCAAUUGCGUGCUCAGGGGGGUGGAAUAUUGGUUACGAAGCAUUCUGCCGCCCGCAUAAUGAUUCUAAGACGUAUUUUAUUUCCGACAAGUUGGAAUGGGCAUUCCAAACUUCGAGUUGUAGCAUACAUACCGUCAUGAGACAGACUUGCGUGUACUGUAAUAACAGUUCC